CAUCAACAUAUGCACUCGAGUAUGAAGCCCCCAUCGAUCAGCAAUACGUCGUUUUAUCAUUAUGGGAGGUGGAUGAUGAAUACUUCUUUCUAUUUGGAACCAAACUUGAUUUGCUACUUUGAAGAUGUCGUCCACCAAUCAGCCAUCCUUAUUUCCCUCCCUAUCCAAGAUCUUCGGUCUAUACUCUAUAGAAAUUGUGAUAGUAUAUCUCCCUUCUAGGAUAACAAUAGCUGCAAGAGAUAACAACAAGCUGGUACAGAAUUUUGACCCAUAGCAAUUGCUUGGGAUGCUGAUAUUCAUAAAGCAAGCCUGAUUCCACUCAUCUAUGCUUGUGGAUGAAUAUCGCAGUUGUGGCAUUCCCUCGCCACUGCACUGACUUUAACUCAUAUAUUCUAAGCCCAGUUUCUGUCACUAUUAGCGAUCCUUAAUCAUGGAGAAGCACGAGCAGUUAAAUGGUGCCUGUAGCAAUGGGAACAAUGGUGUUAGCUUCUUGAUAAACGGGGUGAAUGGAGCAGCUUCCCCCAUUCAAAAUUCCCUCAAGGAUGAUAUCCCAGAACCCAUUGCCAUUAUUGGCAUUGCAUGUCGUUUGCCUGGCCACUGUAACACGGCAAAGCAGUUUUGGGACUUCAUGAUGAAAGAAGGGGUGGCUAAAAACGACACCCCUGAGACACGUUUCCGUCUUGCCGGACACUAUGACGGGACUCAGAAACCAUACACCAUGAAGACGCCAGGAGGGAUGUUUAUGGAAGAUGUUGACCCGGCAGACUUUGAUGCUCAAUUUUUCAACGUCAAUCAUGCGGAGGCUAGCUCUAUGGACCCCCAGCAGAGGAACCUGUUGGAAGUAACCUAUGAGUGUCUGGAAAACUCUGGCAUCCCUAUAGAGAAACUUAGUGGUCAGCGUGUUGGAUGUGUUAUAGGCACAAACUCUAGUGACUAUUACGAUAUGGCAUUGAGAGAUCCCGAAAACCGUAUGAUGUCGCCAACUAUGGGGCCGAACCGGGCUCUUCUUAGCAACCGUAUCAGCCAUUUUCUCAACGUUCACGGCCCAAGUGUUUCUAUGGACACUGCAUGUUCAAGUACCCUGGUAGCUCUUGACAUGGCUUGCCUCUACCUCCAGCGUAACCAAGUAGACGCUAUGCUGGUCGGUGGAACAAACAUGUAUUUCAGCCCGGAAAGGAACCAGGACAUGAGCUCCAUGCGUCAUACAGCUUCCGCCACGGGACAAUGCCACGUUUUCGAUGACAGUGCGGAUGGUUAUGUUACGGCCGAGGCGAUCAACGCGGUCUUCCUAAAGCGGCUGAAAGAUGCUGUCGAAGACGGAGACCCGAUUCGCGCUGUCAUUCGCGGCACCUCGACGAACAGCGCUGGUAAAACUCCCGGUAUUGCUAUGCCAAACGCGAAAGCGCAGGCGGCUGCUAUAAGGGCUGCGUAUGCCAACGCUAGUAUCCCCGAAUCGGAAUUUUCCGACACAGGAUAUCUUGAGUGCCAUGGAACAGGCACACGUGUCGGAGACCCAAUUGAGGUCGAGGCUGUGGCAUCCGUAUUUGCGAAGGAUAGAUCCCCUGACCAGCCCCUUGUCAUCGGCUCAGUGAAAAGCAAUAUAGGUCACUCAGAAGGAGCCGCUGGUCUUUCAGGCUUGAUCAAGACAGUCCUGGCCAUUGAAAAUAAGAAAAUUCCCGGGACGGCCAAUUUCACAUCACCUAACCCAAAAAUUGACCUAAAGGGAUCCCGAGUAAGAGUCACGAGUAGUGCAAUUGCGUGGCCAGAAUACUCUAAGCUUCGCGCUAGUAUCAACUCCUUCGGCUUUGGAGGUGCGAAUGCUCACGCAGUCAUCGAAUCACCCGAAUAUGUGCUAGGUAAAACAGCAUCGAGAUACAGAUCGUCCUAUAUUCCGAAAGACAGUAUACAAAAUGGCGUUCCCAAAAAUGGGACCGACAUAUCGCCAAAACCAACCAAUAUUCCGAAGCCAACGCUUGUCGUUUUAUCUGCCAACGACGAAGAACCCCUCAAGGGGUCUAUCCAAGCACUCGCAGCUCACCUAGCCAGGCCGGAUGUGCGCGUAAGCUUGAAGGACUUAGCAUAUACACUUUCAGAGCGUCGAACCAGGCUUCACCACACAGCGUACAGCAUACAGAGAAGUCCUCGGAUAAUACCGGAUUCAUUUGUCAUGGGAAAACGGCUUGGCCACGACGUGAAAAUCGGCUUCGUGUUCACCGGUCAGGGCAGUCAAUGGCCGACGAUGGGGAAAGACUUAUUAGAUUCAUUUCCCCGUGCUAGGGAGAUUGUGGAGUCCUUGGAUGCCGUGCUAGCGGCACUUCCGGAGCCUCCUUCAUGGUCACUGAUCUCAGAGCUAACUGAAGAGCGCGACCCUGCCGUUCUUCGGGAGCCCGAAUUUUCCCAGCCUCUUGUAACGGCACUGCAGCUAGCAUACCUCGGAGUGCUUUCCGACUGGGGAAUAACUCCUCUCUCGACGGUUGGACAUUCAUCUGGCGAGAUCGCUGCUGCCGUUGCCGCUGGUUAUCUCGGGGCCGAAGAAGCAAUUAAGAUCGCGUUCUUCCGAGGACAGGCUGCAAAACAGCUACCUCCUAAACAACCGCUUGGAAUGCUUGCCGUGGGAAUAAGUGCCAAGAAGCUUGAAGAAUACAUGGACGCUAGCGAGGACCAAAUUCAGGUUGCUUGCUUCAACAGCCCACGGAGCCUCACCCUUUCCGGGACCGUACAGGCGUUGGAGCGGUUGAAGGAAAGACUGCAGAAUGAUAAGUACUUUGCGCGCAUGCUUCAAGUAAAUUUCGCCUAUCAUUCGAAGUAUAUGGAAGAAAUCGGGAAUCGCUAUGCAGAGAUGUUGCAAGGACAUUGCCAAGUUACCCCUGAGAAAAGUGGGGGCGUAGCAAUGUUCUCUUCGGUCCACGGAGUCCAGAUGAAGAAACAAACAACAGAUGCAGCAUAUUGGGUACGAAAUAUGACAUCUAAAGUUCGCUUUGAUGAAGCGGUGGCUGCUAUGUUUAAAGCUGGGGAUGUGCCGGAUUUCUUCAUUGAAAUAGGUCCUUCGAAUACCCUGGCUGGGCCAAUAGCGCAGAUCCUCGAGAGCGUGUCACAUACCGGGCCACAACCGUCCUAUGUUUCUGUUGCUAAGAGAGGACCAGAAACAUUGCUGUCUCUGUACAAUGUGGCGGGAAGGAUCUUUGGAGCUGGAGGUACUGUAAACCUUGCCCGUGUUAACGAGUAUAGUGCUGGGGAUGAGUCGCCAUCCACUCUUAUUGAUCUCCCGAAUUAUUCGUGGAAUCAUUCGAAGAAAUAUCUCCACGAGAGCUUGUCUAGCAAAGAUUGGCGAUUCAGACCAUUUGUUCGACAUGAUCUUCUGGGAAGCAAGGUUCUAGGGACUUCAUGGCAUUCACCAGUGUGGAAAAAUAUACUGAGACUUGGCGAUCACCCCUGGCUUAUGGACCAUAAAGUCAGUCAGGAGAUAGUAUUCCCAGGAACGGGUUAUUUGACAAUGGCUAUCGAGGCAAUUUAUCAAUACACCUAUAUGACAACCUGGAUGAAAGAAGAGCCGAAGAACUAUAGGUACCGACUAAGGGAUAUCAAGUACCCCAGAGCCCUUGUUUUGGAAGAAAGCGAGGAUAUAAUGACAAUGCUCAGUCUGAUAGCAGUCCCCGGUUCUAGCAGUUGGCACAAGUUCAACAUAUCUUCGCUGAAAGAUGACAGUUGGAAUGACCAUUCUUCUGGUUUCAUCUGCAUAGAAACCGACUUUAUAGAGUCUAAAGCCCCAAAAGAUGCACUCUCUCCCCUGAAACAUCCCUCCUCAGCUCAAAUAUGGUACAAGCGCAUGCGUGGCGGUGGAUUCGAUCUUGGGCCGUCUUUCCAGAAGCAUCUGGCUAUAGAAUAUACAGCAGGGCAGCACGCGGGACGGUCGAUAGUGUCACUCGAGCCUCCCUCUUCCCUUUGGCCACAAUCUGCUUAUCCCAUGCAUCCUGCGUGUAUGGACGGUUGUUUCCAAACGGUCACCGCUUCGAUGUGGCAAGGUGAUCAUAGCACUAUCAACGCUGCCUUGGUCCCCUUCCAGAUUGACAGCGUUAUCUUGCCUUCGAAUUCUCGGCAUCCCAAAGAAGCAAUUUCCGUAGCUCGGUCCGACUACGUUGGAAUCGGGAGAACGGAUCGAGCAAAGAACUACUCUUCGUCAUGCGACAUUUAUGAUCCGGAAGAUGGAAGAUUGAUAUUGGAAAUGAGAGGGCUACGCUACACGGAACUAGACUACAAGGACACCUCCCUGUCUCAUACAUACACGCGGAUAACAUGGGACGCGGAUAUCACGUUACUUUCGGAACCAGGUUUCAAUUAUCUCGUGGAUUCUAGCGGCAACGCUACCGAGAAAAUAUCAUCUAUCGCUCAAAGAUUCAUUGACUUGGCUGCACACAAGAACCCCAACCUUAACGUCCUUGAGAUCAACUUAGACCCAACAGACACUUCGAGCUUAUGGCUAGAGGAGAACACAUCAGAUAACCAAACGCGGGCGGCAUUCUCUCAGCACACGUUCGUUUCAAACAGUACAGCAACUGUUACUGCAGCACAGGAAGCGUACUCUAAUGCGCAACGUACUGAGUUCAUCGUAGCCAACUUCGCGGACCCUAAAGCAACGCUAAAUAAACAAUUUGACCUAGCUAUUAUCAAGAUCCCAUCGACUCCUUUUCCAGGGUUGGAAGCAGCUUUGAAAUCCAUCCGAAGCUGCUUGAAUGAGAAAGGAAUUGCCUUGGUUCUCGACCCUAGUGAGAAUCUAGGCUCACUCAAGUCCGAUAUUGCUAGAUCUGGAUUUGGCACGGUGUUCACUUCAAGCUCGCUAGCAUUAGCCUACGCGAAAGACUUCGUAGAAGAGCGACCUUUACAAGAUCUCUAUCUAUUCCAAUUCGCUGGCGAAGAUGAUAGAACGUCGGAAACGGGUUUAUCUAAAUCGUCUUGGAACAUAAUUCCUGCUACCAGCCCCUCACAAAUUCCACCAGGAGGUAAAGUUCUGGUCCUUGACGAACUGUGGAACUCUAUCAUGCCACACCUCGAUCAGCAACAGUGGAGAGCACUGCAUGAAUUGAUCGAGAAAAGGUGCGACAUCCUCUGGGUUACUACAGGCGCUCAAAUGUCGGCGCCGGAUCCUGCCAAGGCCAUCGUCAGCGGCCUAUUCAGAGUCAUCAGGGGCGAGGAGCCUCUUCUCAAUCUCAUCAACUUGGAUGUAGAGCGCCCUUCAGGAGAAGCCACAACCUGGGCCAUUGACACAUGUCUGAAGAUGUUCAACGAUGUCAAAACUAAGCCCAGGAAGGAGAGCGAAUUUGUCGAGCGCCAUGGGAUAAUUCAUGUUAGCCGCGUGUUCGCCGAUACGCCCUUGAAUAAGGCUAAUGAAGAAGAAACCGCCGGUAGACCAACAGAAGUAGUAGAUUUCCAUGGUUCAGAAUCAACUAUCAGGCUACAGGCGGACCGCAUUGGGAAUAUUGAUUCCCUCCAGUACAGCCAAGUCUCCUCAGGGCCGUUACCCCUGGAGGAGGGCUGUGUCGAGAUAGAAGUCGUUGCAUCAGGCGUCAACCUCAAGGAAGUUUUAGUAACGAUGGGUAUCGUUCCGGAGAAUGAGCACCUGCUAGGUGCUGAAGGAAGCGGUAUAGUUGCUCGCGUUGCACCUGACGUAACGACUGUCAAACCGGGACAGCGGGUUGCCUUCUUUGGAAAGGGUUCUUUCGCAAACCGAGCCCAGACGAAGGCAUACGCUAUGCAUGAGAUUCCUGAUUCUAUGAGCUUCGAAGAGGCAGCCACUAUACCUUGCGUCUUCAUGACAUCGAUGUACUCACUCUACCGCUUAGCGCGGGUAAAAAAGGGGGACCGUGUCCUCAUUCAUUCCGCCACAGGUGGUGUUGGCAUAUCAGCUAUCCAGCUCUGCCACCAUGUUGGCGCCACAGUAUAUGCAACAGUAGGAACUCAAGAGAAGCGCGAGUUCUUGAAAUCAAGAUUUGGAAUCCCAGACGAGCGCAUUUUCUCUUCCCGCACCACCGCCUUUGGGAAACAGAUCCUAGAUCACACUGACGGAAAGGGGGUUGAUGUUAUUCUAAACUCGUUAACCGGAAAUCUACUAGAUGAGUCAUGGCGCAUCAUCGCCGACGGAGGGACGAUGGUCGAAAUUGGUAAAAAGGAUAUCCUGGACCGCAACACGUUAUCCAUGGAGCCGUUUGGCCGUAACGCCUCGUUCCGGGCCUUCGACUUGGGGCAUAAGGAGAUCACUGGUGAUAUAAUAGCAAGCCUUCUUUCGGAAAUUUUCGACCUGAUGCGAGAAGGCCACCUAAAGCCCCUCUCGCCUAUGCAUCUCUUUUCAUUCGCUAACGUCCCUGAUGCCUUCCGACUCAUUAGAAGCGGCAAGCAUAUAGGAAAACUAGUCGUCAGUGAUGGCCAAGACAGCAAAUUGAAGGUACCCGUGCGCCCGGCACCUCGUCGUAUGAACCUCCGAAGCGAUGUGUGCUAUCUAAUCGUCGGCGGGCUCAGGGGCCUUUGUGCUAGCUUGGCAAUCUACCUAGCUAAAAAUGGGGCGCGCCACCUCGCUGUGCUAUCUAGGAGUGGAUACAACGAUGAUAGAUGCCAGAAAGUAAUCAGCGACAUCGUUGCCCUUGGGUGCCAUAUCGACUUGAUCCAGGGAGACAUAACCUCAGUGGAGGAUGUGAGGAAGGCAAUGAAAAGUACUAGUGCCCCCAUCGGUGGCAUUAUCCAAGGCGCUAUGGUUCUUCGUGACCGCAUUUUCGCCUCGAUGACCAUAAAGGAGUACCAUGAAGCCCUGGCUUGCAAAGUUCAAGGAACGUGGAACCUCCACAACGUUUCAACUGAACAAGGCCUUAACCUAGACUUCUUCGUCAUGCUAUCAAGUAUUUCCGGUAUCUGUGGUAGCAAAGGUCAAGCCAAUUAUGCAGCAGGUAACGCGUUCCUCGAUGCUUUCGCAUCGUACCGGCGUAAUCUUGGUCUACGAGCAUGUUCGAUAGACCUAGGAGUAAUCGAGGACGUCGGAUACAUCGCAGAGCACCAGCAGCUACAAGACCGAUACGACGCCGCCUAUUGGGAUGCGAUUAACGAGCAGAUCUUGCGAAAGAUACUUAACUUCUCGAUCCAGCAGCAGCAUACCACCCCUAUCAAUUCCCAGAGCGCGGCUCACAUGAUCACGGGGAUCAGAGUGCCACAGCCUGAAGAUUCGCCUCUCCUUGGCGAUGCCAGAUUUGCGGGAUUGCACUUGGCGGGUGACGCGAACAACCGAAAGACCAACCGUGACAGUCCUAAAGAUGUUCAAGCCGUCCUCGCCUUGGUGCAAUCCAAGGCCGAAGCGAGAUCCGUCCUGGAGCUAACUAUCGAAGUCUUAAGCAGAUACUUCAUUAAGAACUUGAGGUUAUCCGAGUCACUUGAUGCCACUAGACCCUUAUCUACCUACGGCAUCGACUCCCUCGCGGCUGUCGAGUUUCGAAAUUUCGUCAAAAUGGAGCUAAGCGUCGAGCUCACGACGUUGGAAGUGGUGAAUGCUGGAUCAUUGGUCGCUAUUUGUGAGAAGAUAAUCUCACGUAUCUCGCUAGAUGCGGCUCAAUGAUGUGUACCUACUAUGUUAACUGAGUGCAUUGGAGCACCUCGCAUCGCGUGCUCAAAGGUUAGAAUUAGAUUGAGAUAUUGCGUUUCUUUUUUAUUAGUAUCAAGAAUUCGAGUUUCCUUGCGUGAUGUCUGUGUCUUUGUAGAACUUAAAAAUCGAUGUACUUGGAAUAGGGGUAAUAGGGGGAGGGGUAAAAUAGGGGUAAUCUUUACCCAACCGUAACUCCUUAAUGUAAAAUCUUAUAACGAAUCCGUCUAUUA